AGCACGCAGACGACAGACUCGCGCCAGUUUUUGCAGUUGGACCUCCAAUUUGUUGUCUCCCUGUGCAGAAAGAAAAUACAUUGUUAAAAAAAUAUAUAUAAUACCUGAUAAGUUACUUAACACAUUGGGUUUUAAGUAAAACCACAUUACUCAACAAUCAUGGCUCCUAAGGAUUACUUGGCUGAGAAAGAGAAAUGCAAGAAAUUCCUUCAAGAGUUUUACAGUGAGGAUGACAAUGGAAAGAAGGUCUUCAAAUAUGGAGCUCAACUUGUUUCCCUGUCCCACAGGGAGCAGGUGGCUUUGCAAGUGGACCUGGACGAUGUGGCCGAGGAGGACCCAGAGUUGGUGGAGAGCAUCUGUGAAAACGCCAAACGCUAUAUGGGCCUGUUCGCUGAUGCCGUCCACGAGCUGCUGCCAGAGUACCGUGAGAGAGAGGUGGUGGCCAAGGAUUCCCUGGAUGUGUACAUUGAGCAUAGGCUGAUGAUGGAGCAGAGAGGUCACGACACUGCAGACACCAGGGAUCCUCGCAACCAGUACCCAGCAGAACUCAUGAGGAGAUUUGAGCUCUACUUCAAACCGCCCAGCACUGCCAAACCCAAAGUGGUCCGUGAUGUCCGUGCAGACAGCAUUGGCCAGUUGGUGACUGUUAGGGGCAUCGUGACCCGUGCCACUGAGGUCAAGCCCAUGAUGGCAGUUGCCACCUACACCUGUGACCAGUGUGGGGCAGAGACAUACCAGCCGAUUCAAUCCCCCACAUUCAUGCCCCUCAUCAUGUGUCCCAGUCAAGAGUGUGUCACCAACAAGUCAGGCGGCCGCCUCUACCUGCAGACCCGAGGCUCAAAGUUUGUCAAGUUCCAGGAACUGCGCAUACAGGAACACAGUGACCAGGUUCCUGUGGGAAACAUCCCCAGGAGCAUGACCAUCUACACCCGCGGGGAGAACACACGUGUGGCCCAGCCCGGAGACCACGUGGCUAUCUCCGGCGUCUUCCUCCCCCUGCUGCGUAAUGGCUUCAGGCAGGCUGUCCAAGGUCUGCUUUCAGAGACGUACCUGGAGUCCCACAGCAUCACUCUAAUGAACAAGACCGAGGAUGAUGAGCUGGGCACAGCAGAGCUGAGUGAGGAAGAGCUGCGCCAGAUCACAGAGGAAGAUUUCUAUGAGAAGCUUGCUGGCUCCAUUGCUCCUGAGAUUUUUGGCCAUGAAGAUGUGAAAAAGGCUCUGCUGCUGCUGCUGGUUGGAGGAGUGCAGCAGGCCCCCAAGGGUAUGAAGAUCAGAGGCAACAUAAACAUCUGUCUGAUGGGAGACCCAGGAGUAGCUAAGUCCCAACUGCUGUCUUACAUUGACCGCCUGGCUCCUCGCAGCCAGUAUACAACGGGCCGAGGUUCCUCUGGCGUGGGCCUGACGGCAGCAGUGAUGCGUGACCCCCUCACCGGGGAGAUGACCCUGGAGGGCGGCGCACUGGUGCUGGCCGACCAGGGUGUCUGCUGCAUCGACGAAUUUGACAAGAUGGCAGAUGCCGAUCGCACAGCCAUCCACGAGGUGAUGGAGCAGCAGACCAUCUCCAUUGCCAAGGCGGGCAUCAUGACCUCCCUCAACGCCCGCUGCUCCAUCCUGGCGGCCGCCAACCCUGCCUAUGGCCGCUACAACCCACGAAAGACCAUAGAGCAGAAUAUCCAGCUGCCAGCCGCCCUGCUCUCCCGUUUCGACCUGCUGUGGCUCAUCCAGGACAAGCCUGACGCGGAGGCCGAUCUCCGCCUGGCCCAGCACAUCACCUAUGUUCACCAGCACUGCCGCCAGCCACCCACUCACUUCACCCCCAUCGAUAUGAAGCUCAUGAGACGUUACAUCUCCCUGUGUAAGAGGCGACAGCCCGUCAUACCUGAGUCACUGGCUGAUUACAUCACGGCAGCCUACGUGGAGAUGAGGAAGGAGGCGCGUGUCAGCAAGGACUGCACCUUCACCUCCGCCCGUACACUCCUGUCCAUCCUCCGCCUCUCCACUGCCCUGGCCCGUUUGCGGCUGGUGGAUGUGGUGGAGAAAGAGGAUGUGAACGAGGCGAUGAGGCUCAUGGAAAUGUCCAAGGACUCCCUGCAGGCCGACAAGUCCAGCACCACCAGAGCCCAUCGGCCAGCGGAUGUGAUCUUCUCCCUGCUGCGUGAGCUGGCCACGGAGGGUGUGAAGGGCCGGGGUGGGUCUGGGGGCCUGGUUCGCAUGGCAGAGGCCGAACAGCGGUGUGUUUCCCGUGGCUUCACCCCUGCCCAGUUCCAGGAGGCCCUGGAGGAGUAUGAGGAGCUCAAUGUGUGGCAAGUCAACCAGGCCCGUACCCGCAUCACCUUCGUCUAAAGCAGGGCUGUUUGAUUCCAGUCCUAGAGGGCCUGAAUACUUUCUGGUAUUUAAUUGUACUCUACUGGUGUCCCUGGUCUGAAUUAGUCCCUGAUUAGGAGGAGAGGAUGAAAACCAGAAGUGUUUCGGCAUUCCAGGACUGACCUUAUGCCCCCCUUCACCAGCCACAGGCCUUUUUCGCCCAAACCCGGUCAAGGGCUCUGCCUGUGACGAGAUGCUUAAUGGGCUGCUGACUGCGAUGGGACCCCUUAGUGUGUCCCCAUCUACACCGUUACAACAAAUAAUUAAAUGUAAACAUGCAUGGUGGUUCUUGGCUUUGUUUUGGACUGGUUAAAUGUUGCUAACUUUUCUUCCUUGGCUAUUAAAUGCUUUUUUUUUUUAAAUGUUAGAUGGCUGCUCUCAAAUAAAACUCUGUAAAUACAA